AUGUCAGACUCCCAAGAGCAGAGCCUUGAUGAAGAUGCAGUGUUCCUGCCGGUGAAUGAUUCCUCUCCGGAGUUCCUCUACUGUGAGAAGGAGCGCAGAGCAGUGGAGAGACUCCUGAGUGCCGGACCAGAGGCCUUCUACAAUUCGAUCAGCGCAGAGCGCUCCUGCUCCUUCUUAUCUUCUGAAGAAGUCAGCCAGAUAGCCAGAUGGGCUCAGGACCAUCACCCUAAGCAGGUACAGGUGCAGCGGGAGGAGAAUGGAGUGGAAGGUAGCUUGGAGAUGGGCAGCUUCUGUUCUACCUACUUCCCUAGCCAAACAGACACAGCAGCUCCUGACCUGGAGCUGGGCUGGCCUGAAAAAAGCUCCUUGGUGUCAGCGGAGGGUGUUAAAGUCCACACCAGUCCUUCUGCUGAGGGAGACCCUCCAGUCAGAGAAGUCAUCAGACGGCACCUGCAAAAGGCCAGCCAAGUAAUUGCCAUUGUGACAGACAGAUUGACAGAUGGUGCUGUAAUUGGCGAUUUGCACAGUGCUGCCUCUCGGGGUGUUCCUGUCUAUAUCAUCCUGAACCAAAGGUCCAUUAAGGAGAACUUGAUGCUCAGCAGGCUCAGGCACCCAAACAUAAGAGUGCGUGUUCUUGAAGGGAGAACCUUCUAUUCAAGGACGGGAAAAACAGUGGUUGGUGAAAUGAAAGAGAAGUUCCUUCUGGUGGAUUUAGAAACAGUGAUUCAUGGCAGCUACAGGUAA